AUGGGCAGCUCAUGGGCUCGCCCCAGGGUGCAGGACAGGCCCCUCCUGUGGGAGGGCAGUGACCAGCACAGGGAGCCUCGGCGACCAGCACCUGCUGGGCUGCAUGCUCAGCUCCUGGCCAUCAUGGCAAGGCUUCUUGUCAGCAAGGAGUUAUCUAUCAAACUGCCUCCCAGGUAUGACUUUGUGGAAGUAGAAGACGUAUCGGAGACCAGCACAGUUAUACGAGGACGAUGGUGUGGGCACAAGGAAGUACCUCCAAGAAUAACCUCGAAAACAAAUCAGAUAAAGAUUACCUUCAAAUCUGAUGACUAUUUUGUGGCUAAACCUGGAUUCAAGAUUUGUUAUUGCCUUGUGGAUGAUUUCCAGCAUGCAGCCUCAGAAACCAACUGGGAGUCAGUCACAAGCUCUGUCUCAGGGGUCUCCUAUCCCUCUCCAUCAGUGACUGACCCUACUCUCACGGCGGAAGCUCUGGAUCAGACCAUUGCAGCAUUCGACACAGUGGAGGAUCUACUCAAACACUUUAACCCAGACUCCUGGCAAGAAGAUCUCGAAAAUUUAUACACAGACAGUGGCCACCAUUACCGAGGCAGGAGCUACCAUGACAGGAAGUCCAAAGUUGACCUGGACAGGCUGAAUGAUGAUGUGAAACGUUAUAGCUGCACUCCAAGAAACUACUCUGUCAAUUUAAGGGAGGAACUGAAGCUGACAAAUGUAGUUUUCUUCCCCCGCUGCCUCCUUGUCCAGCGCUGUGGAGGAAAUUGUGGCUGUGGGACUUCAAAUUGGAAAUCCUGCACAUGCAUGUCAGGGAAAACAGUGAAAAAAUAUCAUGAGGUGCUGAAAUUCAUCCCGGAGCCUGGGCAUUCCCGAAGGAGAGGCAGAACCAGGAACAACAUGGCCUUAGUAGAUAUACAGCUGGAUCACCAUGAGCGUUGUGAUUGUAUCUGCAGUUCAAGACCACCCCGAUAAAAAAAAAAAAAAUCAAGUCAACAAGGCACGCUAAUUGCAGCUUACUGGACGUUUACUUUUAAGCAGGAUUGCUCUGAGGACCUCUACUCACAAAUCAAUCGAACUUUGCUACUAGCCUGCCUUUCAAUUAGCAAAAAUAAUUGCUGUGUUUCAGCAUAGCUGUGCUGGUUAGUGCCAUGGCAGCUAAACAGAUAUGUUGUAGAAUUAUGUAUCAGCAUCCACGAAUAUAGGAUUAUGUUUAGCUAUAGCUAUAGGCUGAGGGCUG